CAGUCCCAGAUCCGCUUCUCUCACUGUGCCUGUGUGUGGAUUUCUCAGUGAGAUUCACGGCUGCCUUUCGUACGAGUCACGCGACGAUUGAUCUAUACAUCCACCGAUCGAAUACGCUCGAAAUCUCUAUCUCGAACGUGUCGAACGCGCGUAUAUUGAGCGAGUCUGACCGCGAAUCUGUGAUCGAUCGCGCGCGAUUUCCAGACGAACGAACGAACGAAUAAAUUCCCGAUUGCGAAGCGAGUUAUGAACAGUUUAUUCGCGUGUGCGAUUAAACGAGCAUUCGAUUAAAAACCGGACAAAAGUACUUUUCUUUCUCUCUGUCGAGCGUUCAAAAUAUUUAAAAUUCUUCAAAAUUGUGCACGCGUGUAUUUGUAACCCUAGAGUAUUGAAAAAUUGAGUCUGCGAUUUUCACGAGCAUUCGCGAUCUGUUAUCGAUUUAAUCAAUAGAUAUUUGGUAUACAUCGUAUUUCGUUUUGUUUGAAAAUAAUGAAAGUGAAAUAUAAAACUGCUCGCGUAUUAUCGAUACAAGGGAAAAAAUCUUCGCUAAAAUUCGAUCGUGAAUUAUGCACCUUGAAUAUCGUAAUCAAGAUAUUACCAAUUAUUGCCCUCUAAUUACCGCGUAAUUAGCAAUAUAAAUACAGAUACACCUCGUCGUACAUGCACACGUGUGACAUCUCAUUUUGCGAGCGUAUAUAGCGGCUCUCGUCCGUUUUUGCAAAUUACGAGCGGCGUGAUGGAACGCGCGGAAGAUGAAUCUUCCGGGAAUCUGCCCGCAACAUGAGACGCGAAGUCUCUGUGUGUUGCAUCCUUCGUUCGCCCCGUGAAGAAAGAAAGUCGUACUCGGCGCCGAGAAUUUGAUAGACUGCCAAGUCCGCAAGAAGAGUCGCGUUACAUAAGCGAUGUAACGCGCGCGAACUUGGACUGGUGCGCGUUCGCCAACACGAGCAAAUCGGCAACCAACCAACCCGUCGUUCCUGUCUGCGCGCUCGUCUUCGUCGGUCUUCAAACAGAUGAUCUCGCGCGAGCGACAAAUGCAACGAUGCUCGUAUGCGCGAGCGCAUACUGCACGCAGCUGUUAUUCGCGGGAGCUCGCGGAAAACGGGACUGCAGUUUUAACUCGAAGCUUAUCGCCAAGUGAACGGUGAAGCGACAUCGACUUUAAGUCAUGCGACUGCAGUCGCUUCAUCUCGUAUCUCGCAUCUCGAACGACGAUCGUGCGCGCGAUGUCUAUCUUCAAUAUCCUUCUCGCGAUAUCGCAGCAUGCAAAUAUCUUUCAAAUACUCUCAAGAUUUCUCUUAUGUAACAUUAUUAAUAUAAUCUAAAUUUUUUUUCUUCAUAGAGCAUAAAAUAAUUUUUAUAUAGAGAAUAAAAUCCAUCUCGGGAUGAACGGUGACGUGAGAACGAACUAGCGCUUCGAGACACAGCGGUCGGGUUUUCUCGAAAUCCAUAAAAUUCGACGAGGCAGGGACCCGUUAAGAACUCCAGACGACAAACUCGUUUGGAACGAGGAAUUAAUCGGGACGCGAUCGAACGGGCGAACGCGGGCGAGUGAGUUUUUCCGGCAGAUUACUCGAGCGAGAACGAACGAACGAACGAACGUAUACAUAUACGAACGAGAGAGAGAGAGAGAAAGAGAGAAAGAACCGGGACCAUGAAGAACGCCCAUCCGAUCGUCAGGGCGACGACUUCCAGUCCGGUCGGUCAGGAUUCCACGGGCCCCGGCAGCGAAUCGCCGGAGCCGAUCAUUCGACUGAAGCUGCAGAAACCGCUGCACUGGGAGUGGGAGCUCACCACGUCCGCCGACGCGCUGCCCGUCAUCCAGCUAUUAGACAAGGAUGGCCGGCUGCUGGUGGAGACCACCGGCCGAACGGCGCAGCGAGCCAGAGGUUCCUUCAAGAAGGGCCUAAGAACCCACGAACAAUUCCCGAUCGACGAGUCAACGUGCGCCAGUUCAAAGACGAGCAAAGAGCAAACGUCCUCCACCACCUCGUCGUUGACCUCUUCUUCCAACGUAUCGUUCGUCGCGACGCCGCUUCAAAUUAAUCGCAACAUUGACGGCUACAGCAGUAAAUUCGGUACGUGCAGCUUCGUUCCGCGCAAGUCCCGAAGUGACGUUGACAUUAUAGAGCGACGGAGCAAAAAGAGACACUUGUCUGCCACGGAAGAUCCGAUGAUGAAGACGAAGAUCGAAAGAAACGCCGAAAGAGCAGCGGCGAGAAACAAGAACUACUCCGCCGGAGAUUACCUCCGACAGCAGAUCGUGGACGAUCUACGUACGCGUAAUACGAUCGGGAGAACGCCAGAGGAGAUCGCCAAGGACAGGUGUAAAAAAGUUAAAGCGUAUCUGAGGAGCCAGAGUGAGACCCUAUUGAACUUGGUUUGCGAGGAAGAAUACGACGGGAUUGAGACGGGAGAGCCUAAAGUAGAUUCGAGCGAGAAGUCUUCCGGAAAUCGUAGCCUGAACAAAAGCGGCACGCUCAACCCUGAAGAGAAGAAUCCGAAUGGAGGAAGCAAAAAGGUGAAACCGUAUCUGCGAACUCGGAGCGCCGUAAUUCCAACGGAGGAUUCGGCGAGGAACAAUUUGAAGCCGAACGAGGAGGAUAGAGUCAUCCGCGAGAUAAAAUACGACAUGAACGAGGAGGAGCUGGCGAAGAUCAGAACGUUCUUACGCGAAAAGAUACAGCGGCGAAUGAAUAUGGAACAGGCGCGUUCGAGAUCGGCCGUUAAUGUCGACAUUCCGGAAACCGUCGAAAACGUCAGAAUUAGGAAGAGAUACUCGGAUUAUAAUCACGAGAACGAUCGGAGAAACUAUAGAACGCGAAAGGUGCGCAGUGAGACGAGCGUUCUGCGAUUCGAUCCCGAAAUAAUGGUCGAGAGAGAGAAGUCGAAACUCGAUAAGCAAAUCGAAAGGGAGAAAUCGACAACUUGUAGAGGAUUGUCGGAAGAUACCCAGUUUCGGAGACAAUCGCGCAAUUAUCGACGAUCGAGAAGCGAAGCCUUAGUCGAAGCUUUGGAACUGGACAAUCGAGCGAAGUGGCAGGUCAAAAGGGAGUCCUCGAGUUUGGAGAGAAGGAGAUUCCACUGUAAAACCAAGAGCGACGUUUUGCAAGAGAAGGCGGAGACGACGUCGGCGGUCAGCGCUGAGAACCUCGAAAUUCCUCGAGACGUAUAAAGAGCCCGGAGAAUGCGGAGAGAUCUUGGCGGGAAUAUAAAGAACGGAAAAGAAGCGAGAGAUAUCGCCGCGAG